GGUCAGUAGUUUGGCGUGCAGGAGCUGGUAAUGCCGCUGCAAAGGUUGCUGUUUACAAGUGCGCGCCGCACGAUCCUCGGGCCCAGGGAGACUGCGCUGUGGGGUUUGAACUCAAUAGAAGGAAACUGCUACAAUUUUUGUACUGCUGUUUUUAAAGAUGUCACUUAUAAGGAACUUAAAAACCUCAUGAAUUCCAAAAAAAUUAUGUUAAUUGAUGUUAGAGAGACAUGGGAAAUUCUUGAGUCUGGAAAAAUCCCUGGGUCUGUCAAUAUACCAUUGGGUGAGGUAGGUGAAGCUCUACAGAUGAACCCAGAAGACUUCAAACAGAAGUACAGUGAAUUGAAGCCAUCCAAAUCUGACAGGCUAGUGUUUUCUUGUUUAGCUGGAAUAAGAAGCAAGAAGGCUCUGGACACAGCAAUGUCUCUGGGCUUUAACAGUGCUCAACACUAUGCUGGAGGAUGGAAAGAAUGGGCAUCCUAUGAAUAUUCAGAGAAGAAACAAGGAAACUGAAUUCUGGACUACAGGCUGGCUCUUUCCUUGUGUACGUGCAGCCUAGCACAAUGGAAUGAGCAAAAGAAUAAAAAUCUCUCUUUGGCACCACUGACAAAUGGGAAGGGAAUUUUGUGUAAGUCAAUUAUUUGACAAAACUUUUUCUCAACUGUAAAUUGAGAAUACCACUUCCCCUACCUACUUGUAAAAGCUAUUGAAGAUCAAGACACUGUAAGUGACUUGCCGUGGAUGUAUAAGGGUUGGGAUUCGAGGAAUUACUUUUUGAACAGUUGAGUUCAAUAGUAUUCCAAAAGAACAGGUUACCUCCAUUUCCUAAUUGUAAUGUGUGACCAUUUGUUAGUAUACGUUCUAUCCAUCAGAGGCUAUGGGUUAGACCAGAUUAAUAAACAGACUUGACAUUAAAACACCAAGGACCUGGGAUCCUUGUAAGUAGAUGAAAUAAUAAAAAAUGAAAAUACAUUAAUAGCAUCCAAAGACUAUGGCAGUGUUGUGACCAGCAUGGUAGUGAUAUAACUUUGAGUUUAAAAAUUAAUAUGAUCUAUAUAGAUCAAAAUCAGGACAGUGAUUGCUUCUGUUGAGGGAUGAUUAACUGAAAAAGGCAAGGAGGGAUAUUUCUAGGGUGAUAAAAAUGCCCUGUGGUACAUGGUUCUAUACACUUACCAAAACUCAUUUAAUUGGACCCUUAAAAAAUAUAUUUUCUAUAAUUGUAUCAAUUAAAAUAAAAAUGAAGAAAAACUCAACCGCUAGCAUGAGUAUAUUCCUUUGAAAUGUCUUGCACUUGUUAGUGCCCUAGUGCCCCGGUGGUAAAACAAAUUUGUGCUUUUUUCUACCUGUACCUCUUCGGACCCACCUGUUUUCAGUCUUAUGUUUUUCAUCCAGAUCAUGUAAGGCCUAGCAAGUAACUGUAAGAACGUGCUUUGUCCUUAAUGAUAUAUAUUAAGCCAGUGGAGAAUCUGGAGUAGGGAUAUGAUGUGAUCACCUUGAGCUUCUAUUUCUGAUGUCAGUCUAGUUUCUAGCACACUCCCCACAUAACUAGAAAAGCUGGGAAAUCCACACAUGUAACAUAUGCAGAGACUUCAGUGUUGGUUCAUUCUCUCUACAGCUUUCCUUCUCUGUGAGAUUGUGCCUUUUCAUAUCCUUGCUGUAUCCUUAGUGUAUUUGCCCUAGUAAUAUGGUUUAUAUAAAUAUAUAAAUAAAAUCUGCCUAACGGCAAAACCAGCAAGAAGGAAAGCUGUACAGAAUGAGCCACUGUUGCAGUGAACCCAUCAAGGAAUAGGAAUCUGGGUUAAACACAACAGGCUUUUAUAUAACUUAGUUGGAACCCCUGAUAAGCUAUACUGUAGGAGUGGAGGUGAACAAGAAACUGACCAACUCUCAUAAAAAUGUUAAGGCCAGCUUUGAAUCAACUAAAUGCCUGAAUGCAUUAAGGUGAUCUUCUUGAUACCCUUAAAGGCCUGCCAGAAGUAAAUCCUCUCUUGGAGAAAGAUAUCAUUUGUCUAGCUAUGGCAGGGCUUGUCAACAGUAAAUACUUUAAGUUGCCAUAAGGUCUCUGUUCAUCAAUUGCUACAGUAGCACAAAAGCAGCCACAGACCAUACAUAAAUCAGAGUGUAGCUGUUACUCCAAUAACAAUCUGUGGUUGGUUAGGUUUGAAUUUUGUAUUUUGAAGUUUCAUGUAUUGCCAGAUAUUCUUUUAAUUAUUUUAAAACAUUAAAAAUAAAGCAAACAUUUCUUAGAUCAAAGACCAGCCCAAAACAGGUGGCAGGUGGAAUCUAGCCCACCCUUGAGCCAGAAACAGAAAUGUUAAAUAGUUUUUCAUAUCAAUGUUCAGAAUUCUUUCAGAUCUUACUAGAAAUAGCAGUAAAGAGGACUUCAUGAUUGAAAAAGAAACAUCCACAAAAGAGCUACACAAUUGGAGUUUUCACACACUUUAAAAUAACUGUGAUUUUUAUAUUCAAUAACUUAGAUGAUAAAACAGAAAAGUUUAUUACAGGAAUGAAAACUACAAAAAAGUAUCAAAUAGAAAUUCUAGAAUUUAAAAAUACAGUAACCAAAAUUUAAAACCCAAUAGAUGACAAUUUUAACAGAUUAGCCAUAGCUGAGAGGGUUAAUAAAAAUGAAAAAACAGAUACAUAUAUUAACAUGGAUGACUCUCACAGUGAUGAGUGAAAACACGAAUUUCAGAAACACAGUACAAGAGUUUGAAAACAAGCAAAAUGCCAUUUAUUAUUUAUAUGUGUAUGCAUAUGUACAUAUAUAGUACAAAUAAAUUAUGGGAAUAAUAAAUACAAAAUCCAUACUGGCUUCCUUCAGGGAGAGAACAUAGGCUUUAACAAUGUUGUUAACAUAUCCCUAACUUAGAGACACUUACACCAGAUUGUAUAAUUUUAAUACCUUUGGAUUCCUGAUAUUUUAAAAGAAAAACUAUGAUAAAUAAUAUAUCCUGUCUGGGUAUUCUAUGCCCAAAUAUAAUUGUACUUGUAUCUUUUUAAAAAACUUAGGGCUAAUAAAUUAAUUAGAAUAAUUUAUUUACUAUAUCAAACUGGUAAAGAAAAUGUUAUUCUGAAACAAUUUAACAAUUAUAUAUCUGAAAUUGCACUUUCACAAUAAAACUCAAGAGUAAAAACAUUAUUAAGGUCUGUGGUAUCAGAUACCUCAAAACAUAAGAAUAUAGCAUAUUAACACAAAUUUAACAGUGGCUGUUUUAAUCAUGGGAGAAUAUCACUUUUACUCUGAUAAUGUAAUCAAAAGUUUUAGAAAUGUGGAAAAGUGUCAGCAGUGGAUGGCCUCAAGAGUUCUGAAUUAUCAAGAGUUCUGAAUUAAUCAAUGUCUCAGGUUUUCUUCAUUUACAUUUCUUUCUUACCUGCCUUUUGAUCUCACUGAGGUCUCUCAGAUUCUGUGAUAAUGUACCCUUUUGCUAUUUAGUAUGUAUAUACCAUAGAAAUACGGGAUAAAUGUAGGAAUCAGCAGCUAAUUGGUGAGAAAUUUCUUUUGUUAAGGACAAAUGGAAAAUUAAAUGCUUCUUCCACCAUCCAGUAACAAUUAUUUUUCAGUGUCUGAAAGGGCAGCAGUGUAUUAGUGAAAAAAUGUAAUUUUGUUACUAUUUCUUUUCAGUGCUCCAAGUUUCUCCAGGAGCAAAGUAAGGAAAAGAGAAAUUUUAAUGAAGGACGAUAACGGUAGAAUCUGACUGAAGUGUAUCCAGAUGGAGAUAAUAGUUUCCUCUGUGAAUCCAUAAAAUAUAGUACUUGUUAAUAUGCACAAAAUAAUUCAGGGUUGUUGUUUUGCAUUAACAUUAAUGAGUAAAGAAGGCAGGCAAAACUUCCAGCUAAACAUCUGGGGGUAGGAAUGGCAAUGAGAUCCCUUACUGAAAACAGGAAGAUAAAAGUGAAACUGAAUACUGAACAAUGAUACCUAGCCCCCUAACCUCACUUGUCUCCAAGAACUGACCCCUCAGAAAGCUAGAGAGCUUUCUCUCUAGAAGAAAUUGACUCAUCCCAAAGGAAAAGCUUCAGAACAUGAUGCUGAAAUGAGAUGAAAAUGGAUCUAUGAAUUUUAAGAGAUGAAUCAAUGAAUUACAAUGUAUGGUCCUCAUUUAGGUACUGACUAGAAUUAAACAAUAUUUCAUAAUAUUUAAGAGAUAGUAGAAAAUUUGAACAUUUGAGUAUUUGGUAUUACAAAUUAUGAUUAAUUAUAGUUUAGGUACAAUACUACUAUU